CACUCGAGCACAGCAUCUUCGUGCAUUAGCCCCUACAGUUGAGACUCGUACAACCGCUCUGAUCAGCCGAUCGUUCUGCGUUCUCAUUUUCCAAAAUAACAGCCCCUAGUCUGCGUCCGAGCCCCGGCUGCUCUAACUUUCCCUAGGCUGAUUUCUGACGGCCGGCCAUUGUUGGUUGGACCAGAGCCAGCCUAGUGUUCUGCGUUGUUUGCCCCUGAUAGAUUUCGUGUCCAGUCGACGUCCAGGUCUCGGUAGCCAUAUAUGGAUUCGCUUCUUUUGUUCGUUCUGGCAGAGUCGGUUGCCUUUCCCUUUGGCGGUCACGAAAAGGAAGCUCGAAAUGCACAGCCUGCCACAGAAGUAGACUGCCGCUUGACCGGCCAUCAUGACAUCUCCCCGCCUGGAAGCCCGGCCCGUCACCUCGGGGUCUCAACGCAGCGGCGCCUCCCUACGCGACCCUUUCCAAGACCCCUCUGAUGCCUCAUCACAGGAAGGUGCAUCAUCAAGGAGUGUACUAGACGUAUGUACGGCGGUGCCACCGUUGGGCUUGAAUGUUUUGUUGCGGCGAGAUUAUACUUACGAGAGUCAGACGCCAGCACCGGCACAUGAGGAGGUGCUCAAUGAAAGGGUUGUUGUUCCUUGCGAUGAACAACUCGAUGUCGAAAGGGGGCUCCCACUCGCUGUUAGCAUUGACACCGAGAAGCACGGAGAGCUAGACGCGAAGACCACAAAUCCCAUCAAACAGCUCACGAAGGCAUUCAUAAGAACUUACUGCCCAAAAGAGGAGCCGGGCCUCGUGCUUCCCACUGGCCCAACGGACGAGGAGAAGACCACAUAUAUCCACACUAACCGCAUUCCGCUGUAUAUCUUUGGAAUCUUUUCUUUUCUUACACUGUCGGCGGGCAUGUGGCUGUUUGUCGCGUGCGCCUCAAUCUUUGCAUGGUAUGGCGUUUUUGUUGGGUUUCUCAACCUCUAUCUGAUCAUCUCGUAUUUUGUUGGCGUUGUCGGCAAGGACUGGGACUACGGCCUGCACAAGGAAAUGGUAGAGCAGUUUCCCAUCACGGACGAGUCGGCCCCAACCGUCGACGUGUACCUGCCCUGCUGCUCCGAGCCUCUAGAGAUUAUCGAAAACACGUACAAGCACAUCGUCAAGCUCGAGUGGCCCGCGCACAAGUUACAGGUCUACGUCUUGGACGAUGGCAACCAAGCUGCGGUUCGCGCGCUCGCCGAGAGCUACGGUUUCAGCUACAUCGUCCGCGACGACCGGCCGCGACUGCGCAAGGCAGGCAAUCUCCGGUGGGCGUUUUCUCGGACCGGCGGCAACUUCUUCACCAUCUUCGACGCUGACUUCUGCCCACGCCCCGACUUUCUCACUGAGCUCGUCGUCGAGCACCUCGCCGACGAGAAGACGGCCAUCGUCCAAUCGCCCCAGUUCUUCCGCGUCACAGACGACCAGACGUGGGUGGAGCAGGGUGCCGGUGCCACGCAGGAGCUCUUCUACCGCGUUGUGCAGGUCAACCGCAACAAGUGGGGUGCCUCGAUAUGCGUCGGUAGCAAUGCCGUCUACAGACGCGCUGCGCUGGUCGACGUUGGCGGCACCGCCGAGAUUGGCUUUUCGGAAGACGUCCAUACAGGGUUUGGUGCCGUCGACCGUGGCUGGAAAGUCAAAUACGUGCCGCUGUGCUUGGCGACGGGAAUCUGCCCCAACACUCCGCGCUCUUUCUUUUCCCAGCAGAUGCGGUGGGCGCGCGGAAGCACGACGCUUCUGACCACUAAGCACUUCUGGGUCUCCAAUUUGACGCUGAUGCAGAAAGUGUGCUAUCUUUGCGGCCUGCUCUACUACUCGGCCGUAUCGGUCGGCAUCUUCAUCUCACCCAUCCCCGGAACUCUGCUGCUGAUUCUGCGGCCGCAGUGGUUCAAGUACUACAACUUGUCGUUUGCCAUCCCGUCCAUCUUGUACGGUGCGCUCGUGUUCCGGCUCUGGGCCAAGACCAAAUACGGCUUCAACGUGCAGCACGUCAUGGUGGUGCAGUCGUAUGCGUAUCUGACGGCCAUCAAGGACCGCCUGUUCGGCAUCGAGCUGCUGUGGGCCGCAUCGGGCGACAAGAAGGCGCACAAGAGCAGCAACAAGUUCCGCAACAUGCGCAUCCUAUGCGCCAUCUGGACCCUGACGACGUUCGGAGGCGCCAUCGCUGCCGUUACCUAUCGCAUCGUCCACCACUUCACCUGGUAUCACACCCUGCCGCUGCUCAUCCUCAACACCUACAACUUUUACAUCACCCACUACUUCAUUUUUUGUUCGUGGCGCUGGUGAGGUGCCUGCCUACAUCGUGGAUGGCGAAUCUCGUAUCCUCGUGGGCUG